AAUACACACCAAGUAAUAUGAAUUAAAUGUAUGAACUAAGAAUAUUACUGGAUUUGCGUUGAGAAGCACAUUGCCAGGCCAACCAUGAUCAUGCAAGCAACCAAGCCCCUCGUGCUCUUUUUUAACCCUGUCAAGUUUGCCCGGCCCUUUUAUGAGCAACUUCAAAAGGUUGCCCUUACAGAAGUGGUGACAUCUCGAAGCAGGGAAGAAUUCUUCCAGGACCUCCAGGGCAAGUACGAGGAUGUCUUCGCUAUCUACCGAACGUCAUCCAGUGGUGCUAUUGCUGGAAAGUUUGACGCAGACUUCAUCAAAGAACUCCCAUCAAGCUGCAAGUAUAUCUGCCACAAUGGCGCUGGUUACGAUCCUAUUGAUACGGACGCCUGCGCCAAGCGGGGAAUCAUAGUCACUAAUGCACCGGAUCCAGUCACCGACGCAACAGCUGACCUUGCCGUCUUCCUCCUACUCGGUGCGCUGCGCCAGCUGAAUCCUGCCAUGACCUCUUUGCGCGCUGGCACCUUCAAGACAGGGGUUAACGUCGGCAAUGAUCCGCAGGAUAAGGUCCUUGGUAUCCUAGGUAUGGGAAGGAUCGGGCGUGCCAUCAAGAAGCGGUGUGAUGCGUUUGGUCUGAAAACGGUCUAUCAUAAUCGCUCUCAACUAGCGCCGGAGCAAGCUGCCGAUGCUGAAUAUGUCUCAUUCGAGAAACUAUUGGCUGAAAGUGACAUUAUCAGUGUGAAUGUGCCACUGACUGCAAAGACCAAGCACCUUAUCGGCGCUCCAGAACUGGCGCGAAUGAAGCCUGGCGUGGUGAUUGUGAAUACUGCGCGAGGAGCUAUUAUUGAUGAAGCGGCAUUGGCCGAUGCCCUGCAGAGUGGGCAUGUUGGAGCAGCAGGUCUGGAUGUGUAUGAGAAGGAACCGGAAAUUAAUGAGAAGCUUCUCAGGCAAGAGAGAGCCAUAAUGGUCCCCCAUGUCGGCACGCAUACAGCGGAGACAUUGGGAAAAAUGGAGACGUGGGCAAUGGAGAAUGUGCGGCGGGCGAUUGUUGGGGAGUCCCUGCUAUCCCCUGUGCCAGAGCACCAGGGGCUGGCCUUGGAAGCACGGAGUGCAAUUUAGAAUGAGGAUAUAGAUUAGCCGAAAGUGGACUUACCCUGAGCUUUGUAUUCCUAAUACCAAGUAUUCCAAUCCAG